CAGCUGGAAACAUCUGGUUUUGCCUCUGCUUGUACUGGCAGCAUUAGAACUCGCAACCAGGGGAAAAAACCCUCAGCUUGAAGUUUCUCAGCAGCUGAAGAUCUCUUCCCACCCACCCCCGUUCUUGCCUUGGGAGCAAAAGAGGCUCCCACAGCAGAUGGCACUUGGGAGCAUACAGACGAUGGGUGAGCAAGGCCCUGAAGCAGGCCUGGGGGCAGGAAAAGACUUGGGAGCCAGGGGACUCUGGGGGAAAACAAGGCUGAAGAUCCUUCUAGGUGAGGAUGCCCUUGGCUGGGAUGUGCAGCACCGGCGUUUCAGGCAGUUCUGCUACCAGGAGGCCGAGGGCCCCCGAGACGCAUGCAGCCGACUCCAUGCUCUUUGCCACCAGUGGCUGAAGCCAGAAAGGCACAGCAAGAAGGAGAUGCUGGACCUGGUGGUCCUGGAGCAGUUCCUGGCCAUCCUGCCCCCGGAGAUGGAGAGCUGGGUCAGGGAAUGUGGGCCGGAGAGCAGCUCCCAGGCAGUGGCCCUGGCCGAAGGCUUCCUCCUGAGCCAGGCAGAGAGGCAGAAAGAGCAGGUGAGCAGGUUCAUCCCGGCAAUCAGCUGGGAGCCUAUCCCUAAAGCUUCUCUGCCCCAUUCCUGUGCAGAUGAGGGUUCCCUUCCUCUCCCCGCAGCCUCUUCCAGGGGCCAAGUGCUGCACGUGUCAUUUGAGAGCUUCCCUGCUCCUUAUGGGUCACAAUCCAGGAUUGGGGUGGAGGGAGCAAGAUGCUAG